CUGGAAGUCUCGCGAUAUCUGGUCUCUGUUCCCACCAGCCUCUGCUCCCCGGCGGGUAGCUGUGGUUGUGGAGUGUCUCGCUCCCCCCCUCAUGGGGUCUCUCCUCGGCCUGGCGCCUCCCCCCGCACUCGCCGAGAUUUGAAGCGGCGGCCUCCGCCCGCUCCCGGCGCCUAGCGCUGCCGGAGCCACCGGCUAUGAAAAUGAGUUGCACAAUUGAGAAAGCCCUAGCUGAUGCUAAAGCACUAGUAGAGCGACUAAGAGAACAUGACAAUGCAGCAGAAGCUCUUAUUGAACAGACUACAGCUCUCAACAAGCGGGUGGAAGCGAUGAAGCAGUACCAAGAAGAAAUUCAAGAGCUUAAUGAGGUAGCAAGACAUCGGCCUCGAUCUACAUUAGUAAUGGGUAUCCAGCAGGAAAACAGGCAGAUCAGAGAACUGCAACAGGAAAAUAAAGAACUACGUACAUCUCUCGAAGAACAUCAGUCUGCUUUGGAACUCAUAAUGAGCAAAUACAGAGAGCAGAUGUUUAGGCUGCUCAUGGCCAGCAAAAAGGACGAUCCAGGUAUAAUAACGAAGUUAAAAGAGCAACAUUCCAAGAUUGAAAUGUGUCCUUGUAACAACCCUGAAGGACUCCUUUUCAUCAGUGCAGCUCAACGUGUCCAUGAAGCACUUAAUUAUGGACUGGAGAGGAGGCAGUUGGCAGCAAAUCAGAAUGAGCUACAAGUGCAUGUGGACCAAAUUACAGAAAUGGCAGCAGUAAUGAGAAGAGCCAUUGAAAUUGAUGAGCAGCAGGGUUGCAAAGAGCAGGAGCGUAUUUUUCAGCUUGAACAAGAAAACAACGGCCUGAGGGAAAUCCUUCAGAUCACCAGAGAAUCAUUCCUGAAUCUCAAGAAAGAAGAUGUAUCGGAGAGUACAUCUCUGUCAGCAUUAGUAACGAGCAGUGAUCUGAGCCUGAGGAAGAGCUAAAGAUUCUGUGAAGUCAGCAAACUUUGUUGCACAUUUAACAGCUUAGGGUAUCAGGGUUCACUUGUCAAGCAUUUGUUACUGAAUAGGGCACCAGAAAGCUCCUGUAUCUUAAAUCAGACUUCAGGUUAAUGCUUUAUACAGUGUACAGUAUAUCAAGGUUUUUAGCACCAGAUUAGUUGAUUGCCAUAGACCUAACUCUUGUAGGAAAUUGCUUCUCAAUGCAGUUGUGGAAUUGGAGAUUUUGUAUUAAUCCAUUCAAAACAAAUGACAAGCUAAACAUUCACAUAUAGAAAAUGUGUAUAAGCUACUGAUCAUAAAAAGGACACCUUCCUAAAUAACAUGACACUUGAAAUCAGUCUCCUUGGCCAAGAGUAGUUAAAGUUACAGGUAGACCCUAUGUACUAUCCAUGUUGCUGUUUUUCUUUUAACAAAUUUUAUAGUCAAAACUACCUUUCACAACAGGAAUUGGUAAUACUAAGGGCCUAAUCCAAUUCCUGGUUGAAGUCUGUGGAAACACAGACCUCCUGAAGAAUCCCUGUUCAAAAUAUGAUCAUCACUUGCAUUUGGUAUGACAGGAAAUAGCUAAUUUAAAAUGACACGUCUUGUUAUUCCUAAUGCUGUUAAUCUUUAUCAGCACUCAGCUGUAAACCAACUUGUAAAUAAUAUUUAAUAUUAGAAGGUACUUUCUGUAGGUAUCCACAGUAUGUUCUGCUCAUACGUAUGUGCAGUUCUAAAUAUUCUGUUAAAGUAUUUUGCAGAUACUGAAUCUAUUUUUAAAUUGUUUCAGUAACAUUAAAAGAGCUGCUCCCAUCUUGCUCAGUUCUUUAUGUAGCCAGUCACCUUUAGAGAGGGGAAAGGGUUCAGACUUUUGUUUCAAAACUGUAGAGGACUAGGUUGGUCUGUUUCUAGUCUGUAAUUCGAUGUUUGUUCAUCACAACUUGGGAAGCUGCAGUUGGGAGACACCCAAACUGAAGUAGCUGAAAUAAGGUAUACUGAAAGAACCAUUAGAGGAAGUUGGCACUCUAGCAGGCUCUAAUAGUGCUAUUAAUCCCUCACUUUCAUGAGGUACUAAAAAUGUUUUUAAAGUUUGCUUCAACUCCAUUUAUAGAUUGAGUUGUGCUUUUAACAUGCUUCACUGAGCAAAAUAGGGCCAGUUCUUUAAGUCCUGAGGCAAAUGCAGAAAUGAAAAGUUGGCACUCCUCAAUUAAACUGUUGGAAUCAGACUAGAUGGGCUACAUAUGCUGCAAUAUAUGUGUGAAGUGAAAAGCUGAGGAAAUAACUCUUGCAUUGCUUUUUGUCCUUUUUGAGUGUAAAUUUGACAAAUUGCUUCCCUGAAUAAGAAAAGGAGGUUAAAAACCCUCAAUUGAUGUGUGUGGCUUGCCAGACAAAAUAAUAUGUAAAGGAUCUAAAACAAUUCAUAAUUUAAAGUAAAUCUUCAAAUAUGUAUAGUAAAAGCCUUCACCAAAAAUUGUUAUACACACAAGCACUAGCCAAAUCUGAAUCCUUUGGCAGCUCAAACUUUCACAUAGCAAAAGUUGUUUGAAUCCUAUUGCUCUGCUACUCAAGCUUCAUUUGAUAAAUCAGAUUAAAUACUGUAAAUGUAAACCAAUAUUUUUUUCAAAUUAAAAAAACCCAAAACUCUUUGAGCCCUUGUAGGCUAAAACGUAUCAUGGUAUAAAAGUUUAAGACUGAAUUAUUAGCCUGUGGAAAAACUUGGGUUUAUAAAGUUACUGAUUGAACCAUUGGUAGAGAGAUGCUACUAAUUCCCACUAUAAUUCACAUAGUAACUUCCCCUCCCUUGAAGCAAAAGAUUAAUUACUUUUAAUAUUUGACUUAAUCUGUAUGAACUUGCUUGGUGAAGAUUGUAAAUAUGCAAGUUAGUCAUUGGAAUAACUGAACUGCUCCUAUGGAAGUGAUAAAAGGCAUUGUAAUGAUGAGAACUCAGACAACUGUGGAUCAAGUUCUCCAAACUUUCCAAGGAAUCUUGCUUUUUACAAAAUAAGUUCAUAAAAAUUAUUGAAAAGAUCACUUGUUCUGUUUCUUGACAGUGACUACACAAUCAGCAUCCUAUCUUUUGGUUUAGGAACUUAGAAAAAAAUGCAUGUUUUAGAAUGCCUCUUUAUUGCAUCAGCCUUGGAAAGAUUUUAUUUCUGUUUGAGAGCUGUAAAAAUGACAAUUUCCCUUUAGCCAUUACUGACUGGUGUCCAAAGACAUCUUAAAUUUUAUCUUGAACACAUUUUAUAUUUUUUAAAAUGUAAUUUCCUAGCUUGUAUAACAGAGGAAGCUGUUAGUCUGUGGCAAUUCCUUAAGGUUGCUCUAUUAUGAAACAAUGCUUGAUUAGUGCUUCUUUGUAAAUACAAAAUGCGAUUUUAAUUUAUCUAUUCCUAGUUUUCACCUACAUAUAUUGAUAUUUCUCCCCAUCCAUCCCCAAAACAAACUCAAUUUUAGGGUUUUAAAUAUAUUUCACAUUGUGUGGAGUGACUACUUUGCAUCACAUACCCACUAUUUUUGUAAUGCAGAUGCUUGAAGUGAACAUAUGGCUGGGAAUGUGUAUUGUACAGUAAAUUUAUUUUAUGAAUAAAGAUGACUGAAAAUGUA